AGGGAUGGAUGGAUGGUUGAGCAAGGUCAGACAGGCUGGGUCGGUAACAGAGAGGACGGUAUGGUACAAGGCAGCGGGCAGAGAAUAGUCGGGCGGGCCGGGUCAGGAAUCAUCGGGCAGACAAGACACAAAGGAGUAGGCAGAGCGUAGUCAGAUGGGCCGGGUCAGGAACAAUCAGGCAGACAAGGUACCAAAAAGGAGCAGGCUGGAGAGUGGUCAGGAAUAGCCGAGGUCAGGACUGGCGGAGUUCUUUCAGGGUCAGGAUCAAGCAGAAACAU